ACUCAUUCGCUUUUUGUCGUCGCUUCGAAUCGGUUGAUGUUUAUUCUUCAAUUUCCAUUUCGAUUUGAAUACAAAUACUGUUUAAAGAGGAAGUAAAUCGCGCGUUGUUUAUUAACUGGAUGUGAGUCUGACUCCCCGACUGAUUUACCCUUCUGGGUGUGUUUUUAUACAGAAAAGUGUCGCCAUACCUUAGUUCUGUAUUCAAGUCAUGAUCAUGGCUCACAGCCGGCAUCUUGAUGACGCAUUUCUUAACAAGCGCAGAUCAACAUAAACAAAAACGAGAACAGCCGCUUACUUGUGUAUUUGUAUCUCUGUAUCUGUGUCUGUGUUAUUCAGCAAAAGAUGCUCGUAAAAACGCUUGGCGCGCAUUUUGCAUUCGGGCAAUAUGCAAAAAAAUGCAGCUGCUCCGCUCUGCUGAUUCCCCUGCUCCCUGUACUACUCCUUACUUUGCGCCCACUACGGGUAACCAGUCACGUCACUAGUGGAGGAUCACUAUCGGGGGUAACAUCCGAUCCUCACGUUGUGCUGAUCAACAAAUGCUGCGAGAAGUUCGAGAUACACGUGGACAGCGAGUGCCAGCAGGUCAACAAAUCGGACUACUUCAAACCCAAGUUUGGAGGGGAGCAAACCAGGCUCGUUAAUUACAAGUUCGUCAUCGGCAUUCCCAACUGUGGAUCCAUGCAGAUGUGGCCCAUAUACCAUUAUGCUGGGAGCUCUGAUAAGCUAUUGCUACUGGACGAUGGCAAGCUUAGGCAUUACACUAAUGCUGAGAACGAAGAACAGGAGCGCCAAGGAAUACAGUCGGACUACGAGGAGGACAUUGUCGGCAGCCUGGAGACACUAUACCACGACUAUGAUAACGGAUUGUAUUGCAUCGACAAGGCUACAUCCAGCACUGGUGAAGAGCAUGUUCUUUUUGCCAAGAUCUGCUUGGCUCGCAAGGAGGUCAAGUGGAGUGAUUCCAACUUUCUGCUCCGCAAGAUCUUAAACCCCAUAUUCCAUGGCAUCUCGCUUAUCAUCCUGCUGGUUAUCGCCAUCAUCUAUUUUAUACUCCCGACACUCAGCAGAGAUCUGGUAGGAAACAUUGUAACAACGAUAGCUUUGUGCCUGAUGGUCAGCCAGGCCGCCGACCUGGUUCGGAUCUUCACCGAGCUGACCAGCCAUGUUAGCUUUAUUGUGGCGGACAUAAUACUGUGCUUCAGCCUGUUGGCAGCCUUCUUCUGGCUGAACAGUUUCGGGUUUUACAUCUGGAAGACUUUUCGUUCAAGGAACGUCUUUUUGCGGGUCACGGAUGGCAGGAAGUACUGCUACUACUCUGCCUAUGCCUGGGGAUGUACGGCUACGAUGGCUGCAUUGGCCGUUUUUGCUCAUUUUUUCCUGGACGCAGAGUCCUAUAAACGGGAGCAGAUGGUGGGCGAACAAGAGACGAUCGGCUGGCUUGGCAUUUGCAUAUUCUUUGCGCCGAUUGCUUGCACGAUUUUGGUGAACAUAUUCUUCUUCGUUACCACUAGGAAGCUGAUCAAUCGACGGACAGUUUACGGCCGCAUUGCCCACAAACUAAAAGCCAACUUUAUCAUGUUCUCGCUGAUGCUGUUAGUAAUGUCGAUAGCCUGGCUGUUUCUCAUCAUGUCCUGGCUGCAACUGGAGGGUCUGUUAUAUGCCCACAUCGUGGUCAACGCCGUGCAGACACCUCUGCUACUUUACAUCUGCGUGCUGCGGCAGCGACAUGUUACCUUCCUGCUGAAAAAGACCUGUUGCUACAACGAGCCACCCUCGGCAAAUGACUGGGGCGAUGAGCUGCACUACAUGAACGGUAACGACUACUGAGGAGCCACCGUCCACAAUAAUUUAAGUGUUUUUGUAGUUUAGCAAUGUCUAACAUUGAGAUUUGUACUUAAAUUUAACUUAUUUAUGAUGUACGAGAUUGUAAUUAAAUGAGAAGUCUGA